AUUGUCCGGCGGUUCUCAAAAGAAUGGAAAAGUGGGACCCGCAACAACGAAACACGAAUCGUCGUCUAUGUACAACUGUGACUCAGUGAUGGGGCUCCGCCGAGACUCAGACAGCGAGAGAUAAAAGGGAUAGAGCAGAGGCGAAAGGGUUCCAGUUUAGGCAUUUGGAAGGAGAAGAGGAGAGAAUUCAGAAAUGGUGCACAAUGCGUAUGAUUCAUGGAAGCUCAUAAAUGAUUGCUCGACGAAGAUCGAGGCAAUUGUUUCGUAUGGUGUCAAGCUUCUCUUAGGUUGCGCAGAUGGCUCUCUGAUGAUAUAUACCCCAGAAUCGUCCGUUUCCGAUAUGUCCGAAUACCAGGUAAACCUAGGGAUGCGUAAGGAAACCUACGUUUUGCAGAGAACUGUGAUUGGAUUCUCGAAGAAAGCUUUGGUAUCCAUGGAAGUGUCAGGAUCGAGAGAGCUUCUCUUAUCCCUAUCUGAAUCAAUUGCGGUUCAUCGGCUUCCCAGUCUGGAGUCAAUCGCCGUUAUAACAAAGGCUAAAGGUGCUAAUGUCUACGCCUGGGAUGAUCGCAAAGGGUUCUUAUGUUUCGCGAGGCAGAAGAGGAUCUGCAUUUUCAGGCACGAUGGUGGUCGGGGAUUUGUGGAGGUGAAAGAUUUCGGUGUUCCUGAUCUGGUGAAAUCAAUCUCUUGGUGUGGUGAAAAUAUAUGCUUGGGGAUUGGAAGGGAAUACAAGAUACUGAAUGCCACAAAUGGUGCAUUAUGUGUGGUAUUUCCACCUGGGAGAAUUGCCCCUCCUCUUGUGGUCCCUCUUCCUUCUGGGGAACUUCUUCUUGGAAAGGAUAACAUAGGAGUUUUUGUAGACCAAAAUGGGAAACUAAUUCAAAGAGGCAGGAUAUGUUGGUCUGAUGCCCCUUCAGUGGUUGUGAUCCAUAAGCCAUAUGCAGUCGCCCUUUUACCAAAAUACAUUGAGAUUCGGUCUCUCCAUGCUCCUUAUCCAUUGGUUCAGACUGUUGUUCUUAGCAAUGUUCAUCAUCUUGUCCAAAGCAACGGCUCUGUUAUUAUUGCAUUAGAUAAUUCUAUUUAUGGCUUGUUCCCAGUCCCCAUUGGUGCACAGAUUAUACAAUUAACAGCAUCUGCUAAUUUUGAGGAAGCCUUGGCUUUGUGUAAACUACUUCCACCAGAAGAUUCAAGCCUUCGAGCAGCGAAGGAGGCAUCCAUUCAUAUCAGAUAUGGGCAUUAUCUGUUUGACAAUGGAAGCUAUGAAGAGGCUAUGGAACACUUUUAUGCUUCUCAAGUAGAUAUAACCUACGUACUCUCUUUGUAUCCAUCUAUUGUUCUUCCAAAACCAGUGGAUGUUUCUGAGCUGCGGAAUGUGACUGACUUUGCAUGGGAUGCUUCACAUCUCUCCAGAGUUCCUUCUGAUGUCUCAGAUGAUAUGGAAUCCUUAUCUCAACCACAGAAAUUUGAAUCUGAUGAAUAUGCUAUUCUUGAGUCUAAAAAAAUGAGCCACAAUACUCUCAAGGCACUUGUUAAGUUCUUACAGAAGAAGAGAUAUACCAUAAUUGACAAAGCCAAUGACGAAAGAACAGAAGACGUAGUUUCGUCUGCUAUGGGAAACUGGUCUAAGGGUUCAAAUAAGGGUCAUCAUGAUAUCCAUAUUAGCUUAGUGGCCAGGGAUAUGGCAGCAACAUUGGAUACAGCACUGAUCCAAGCUCUGAUACUCACUGGGCAAUCUUCAGCUGCUAUAGAGCUACUGAAAGUUCCCAAUUACUGUGAUAUAAAAAUAUGUGAGGAAUUUCUGCGUAAAAACAAUUUAUACACUGUGCUGUUAGAACUCUACAAGUACAAUGGAAUGCACCGUGAAGCUCUCAUACUUCUGAAUGAACUAGUGAAAGAGUCAAAAUCAGAACAACCACAAUGUGAGCCCACCCAAAAGUUUAAACCAGAGAUGAUUAUUGAGUAUCUCAAGCCGCUCUGUGGAACUGAUCCUAUGCUUGUCUUGGAGUUCUCGAUGCUUGUUCUUGAAAGCUGUCCAACAGAAACUAUUGAGCUCUUUUUGUCUGGAAAUGUUCCGGUAGACUUGGUCAACUCUUACCUAAAACAGCAUAUGCCCAGUAUGCAGGCGAAAUAUUUAGAACUUGUGGCUGCUCUGAAGGAAAAUGAGAUUCCUGGGAAUCUUCAGAAUGAAAUGGUGCAAAUUUAUCUCUCAGAAGUACUUGAUUGGUAUGCUGAUCUAACUACUCAGCAAAUGUGGGAUGAGCAAGUUUAUCCACCAACACGGAAGAAGCUAUUGUUUGCUUUAGAGAGUGUCUCAGGAUAUAAUCCAGAGGGCUUGUUAAAGCGUCUUCCAGUGGAUGCUUUAUAUGAGGAGCGUGCAAUUCUGUUGGGGAAAUUGAACAAGCAUCAGCUUGCAUUGUGUCUUUAUGUUCAUAAGCUUCAUGUUCCUGAAUUGGCGCUCGCCUACUGUGAUCGUGUUUAUGAGGCUGGACAGAAUCAACUGUCUUCAAAAUCUCAAAGUAAUAUCUAUCUCACUCUUCUGCAAAUCUAUCUUAAUCCCAAUACAACAACUAAAGAGUUUGAAAGGCAAGCCAUGAAUGUGGCACCUAAGCAUGUUCAGAAGGUUGGCUCAAUUAAAACUAAAGGGAGCCGUGUUGCCAAGAAAAUUGCUGAGAUAGAGGGUGCAGAUGAUAUUAGAAUCAGCCUCAGCAAUACUGACAGUGGACAGAGCAAUGGUGAUGGAGAUGAAUCAUGUGAGGAAGGGGUUCCUACCAUUAUGCUUGAUGAGGUCGUGGGUCUGUUGAGCCAAAGAUGGGAUAGAAUCAAUGGAGCUCAGGCUCUAAAACUCUUACCUAGAGAAACGAAAUUACAGAACCUGCUUCCAUUUCUUGGACAACUUCUAAAAAAAUCCAGUGAAGCAUACCGAAACUUCUCAGUGAUCAAGAGCUUGAGACAAAGUGAAAACCUUCAGGGUGCCCAUCAUGCAGUGUGCAUCACCUGGGUGGUUUUCCGUGCCAAAAUUACUUCAGCUACAUGAUAUUAUCUGUUUGAUGUCACUUAUUAUUUGGACCUUCUGAAAAUAAAACUAAAAUUGUGGAACAAGCCUACAUAAUGGUUUGGCUAUAAUCAUUGCUGGAUCAAUUUUCAUGCAAGAGAUCUUGCAGGAAAACCGAAAUCCUGUCUAAUGCUUUUCUUACAGGGGCCACCUGUGUGUCCACCAGAUACAUUGGUGUGCUAAUGUUUAUCAUGUUUGUCCAUAAAAAGGAACGCAUAGCUAUUUUCCUGAAAAAUAGGGUCUUUUAAGAUUCUGGGAUGAAGCUCAAAACUUCUCCAUUAUUAGUUCAUAACAAUUCAGUGUAGUCUGACUUGUACAACCUAAAGUUCACCAUGUUUUCUGUCAAACCUCUUUAUCCCUUUAUCCCAAGUAACAAGGGCAAGCUUAACCUAUCCAACUUCCUCAUUUUUCUAUCUUUGUUGAACAAAUAUGAGGUGCCUAACAUGAAGCCUUAAAAUUUCAUCAAAUGAACAUGAUUGAUAUGUAUCUAAUAAUUGCGCAUUUGUGCUUUUCUGUAUAUUUUAUUCUUGUCACUACAUGUGAAACUCAACUCAGUGACGCCUUUUCCCAAUUAAACAUGGUUGCUACGCAUAUUAUGUUGGUUGUUAAAGCAAAUAAUAGUCUUCCCCCCACCCACUAGAGAAUCUCUCUGUCCUCACAUUCUUUCCUGUUAGACAUUUGUGGGCAUGGUAAUGACCAAUUACGUCUCACCAGGGCCCUGCCUGCCUCCUUUCUUUGCUCGCCAGCUGCCUAGCUCAUUCUUAGUCUUUUAUGUCAUUCUCCGUAACUCUUUGAGUGCCUUUUUCAUAAAUUUUAACCAUCUUAUGUUUCUAGCAAAUAAUUG